UUCGUCUCCCGUUAUCCACCCGGUCACACACUCCCCCCUCCCAGCUCUACUCCCCUUCCCCGAGCACUCCGCCGCCCGCUCCAAUGGCGGCGCCGGCCAAUUCCUCCUGCUUCCACGCCCGCGCCGCCGCCAGCCAGACCUCCUCUCUCAGCGUGGGCACCAGGGUCUUCGUCGGGCUCAGGGCGCAGACCAAGCUAGGUUCGUCCGAGUCGUCGUGCCCGAAUGUCAGCGCUGGGUUCUACACCGCCGUCAACCGGAGGAUCUCUCUCGGGUUGUCAAACAAGAAGGCUACCAGAGCUCGUAUUUCGAUGAUGCCUAUAGGUACUCCACGAGUGCCUUACAGAACCCCUGGUGAAGGAACCUGGCAAUGGCUUGACAUAUGGAAUGCUUUGUAUCGUGAAAGGAUUAUCUUCAUCGGGGACAAUAUAGAUGAAGAAUUCAGCAACCAAGUGUUGGCAAGCAUGUUGUACCUUGACAGCAUUGAUAAUACAAAGAAGAUUCUUCUAUACAUUAAUGGACCUGGAGGAGAUCUUACUCCAUGUAUGGCACUAUAUGAUACCAUGCUAAGUCUAAAGAGUCCUAUUGGUACACACUGCUUGGGCUUUGCAUUCAACUUGGCAGGAUUUAUUCUUGCAGCUGGUGAAAAGGGUUCACGUACUGGUAUGCCUUUAUGCCGGAUUUCACUUCAGUCACCUGCUGGAGCUGCUCGAGGCCAGGCUGAUGAUAUUGAAAAUGAAGCAAAUGAGCUUAUUCGUAUCAAGAACUAUCUGUAUGGCAAGCUUGCGGAGCACACAGGUCAUUCUGUCGAAAAGAUUCAUGAGGACCUGUCCAGGGUGAAGCGCUUUGACGCUGAAGGGGCUCUCGAAUACGGGAUUAUCGAUCGCAUUAUCAGGCCUUCUCGGAUCAAGAAAGAGGGGUCCACUGGUCACAGGAAGGAUAUGCGAAAUCUGGGACUUGGCUAGUAGAUAUGCUAUAUUAUUGUAUCAGAUCUGUGUGUUGGAUUGCAUUACCCCAAACUUCAGUUUACGAUCUCGAACUCUAGGAUUUUCUACUAGAUAGCAAGAUAAGCAGGCAUGGUGGCUGAAGUGAAAUGAAGGACCUAUUCUUCCAUUUCAUCAUAUGCGUCGGACGCAGCAUGUGCUCUGCUUUUUCCCGAGAACGUUCUUGUUGGAGAGAAAUGUACUGUCCAAAAUUUUGCACAAAGCUUUCA